AGACACUUUUGGCUCAAGUCUUGGUGCAAGGCUCUGAAAGUAUCUCUGCCCCCCAGCGAACAGAAUGCUGUUGCUCCUCCAUGGCGUCCGUGCUGGGCGUGGUGUCUCUCGUGAUCAGCAGCCUCUACGAGGCCUUGGUGCUUGCCUUCCCCGGCCUGAUCAAACUGCUUCCCUGCCACCCGAUGCAACCGAUCUUGAAGUUUGCCUUCGGCGUCACCUACGGCCCCUUCUACGGCCUGUCCGGCGAUCUGCUCCGAAGCGCGGACGGUGCAUCCAUCAUGGCGGCGGGCCUGGGAUUGCUGGCCGCGCUCUGGGGUGAGCAGCAGUUGGGGCUCCUGGGCCCGGAAGGGCCCGGGUCGCUCCUCGGCCUGGCUCAGUCACCGGUCGUCUGCGCGUUUUGCGGAUCGGCCUGGAUCUUCUUCCACGCCGCUGCGUCCCACAUCGCGGUCGGAGACAAGUCAGGCGCGGCCCCACCUGCCGUCUCGGGCGCCGUGGCCGUGGCGCUGCUGGUCUGCCGCCUGGUGGUGAGCCCCGUGAACCUCGCCCUCGUCGGGGCAUUCGCGGUGGCAUCCCUGCUGCUGCUGGUCGCCAUGCUGACCAUGCGCACCCUGUACGGUGCGCCCACUGCGGAGAUCGCGGAGAAGUACCUCGAGGUGAAGAAGGCCUUCGAGGGUGACGCCGCCGCACCCGGUCCAUCCAUGGAGCCACUCGCCGGGGGGGAGGCGUGACCGGCGCGCUGUCUUCUUCCUCUCAUCAUCCUCCCCCUUCGUUUUGCCAAUCGUGCUCCCCUCUGGAGGCUGGCCAGAUGGAGCAUUCCUUGGACUCGGUUGAGUGCAGCCUGGCGCGGCAAUGCCCAGCGCAUGCAGCAUGCACUGUCGCCUCCUCUCUUGGAAAGCUUGUUCAAUUUCUUUCUGGGGCUGCUAUGGCUUUUGAUCUAUGGCAGUUUUCGUUCGUGCGGGCACAGUCUCCUGCUGGUGGUCGCCAGUUUUACCAUGUCACGUAUUUCGACGCUGUAUUCACAGGGCUAAAUGCCCUGCAUUUACGUGUAUGCGGCAGCAUGCGUACAUGCGUUGGCAUCCAACGCUACGAGGCUGCGGCAGCAGCUAGAGCUCCGUUGGAGCUUUGUUUGACACUCGGCUGAGAGAUGCUUGGCGCGGCGCUGACUAGCGCAGGCCCACACUAGUUGACUCCUCUGGUGGAA